GCCGCCGCAAGCGACCAAGUUGCCAUUUCCAAAUUUGCUCGCCUCGAUGCACUCGACGACGACCUCGAACAUGCAGUCGCCUGAGCGCCGCUUUGGCUGCCACAUCCCUGGCUGCGGCAAGCGCUUCAAGCGCAAGUUCACGCUGCAGGAGCACCUCAACACGCACACGGGCGCGCGCCCGUACGUGUGCGACUACGACGGCUGCAAGCGCUGCUUCUCGACGCACGGCAACCUCAACCGCCACAAGUUUAUCCACACGGGCGAGAAGCCUUUUGGCUGCACGACGUGCCUCAAGCGCUUCUGCACGAAGGAGAAGCUCGUGCGCCACGUCAAGACGCACACCAACGGUCUGCGCGCCUAUGCGCCCGCCGACAUGACGUCGUUCCGCAAGGCGUCGACCUCGACGGACGACGAAGGCAGCCACAGCGACUGCAGCAUCGACCUGCACCCAGUGCCCAAGCCAGCGACCGCCAGCGACUACUGCUUUGACGACGAGUUCCUCUCGAGCAAGAUCCACGACGAGAUUCUGCUCGCCCUCCAGUCGCUCGACGUCGAGCCGACGCCGGCCGCAGUGUGGCCGCAAGCGCCGACGACCAUCAACAACAACAACAACCACGACAUGCUGACCGCGCUUUGGGUCGACGAGGCCCCGAUCAUGGCGUUGCCCAAGGCCGCCGAGGCCGAGCCGUUCCCGGUCACUUGGAACUUGGACGACCUCGACGACUUUUACACGAUCAAGCCCGAAGGCAACUGGUUCGUGCCCGAGCCGUUCCCGCAGACGGCUUAAACGCCCCGUCCUGUGUAGACGCGGCAGCUGCUCCACACCCUAUUUAACUAGGAGGCGCAACGCUCGCUUUCGCGCAACUCCGGUUCCGCCAUCGCGCAGUCUUGCGACCCCCGACCUCGGUUGUAGCAAUCCGUACUAGUGCUAGUUUUGUUAGUCAUAGGUAGUUAACUUUCUCGAUAUCCAAUCGCACCGGCGACCGCCCAGUCCAUUGGCCUUAAGUGGCUCGGACCCGGCGCCGCCCGUGUGUUCUCCUCCUCCAUA